AUGAAGACUGACUUGGUGGGGAUCUCAGGCCAAAAGGAAGAGGCCAGCAAGGAGAAGGAGAUGAGUGGCAUAGAGUCAUUGAACACGCGAGGCAGCCUGGACCGCAACAGGGAUGAUGGCAGAGCCACUCUCAUUCUGACCCUCACCCUCUGCAACGUGAGGAAGACUGAGCUCUCUAAGGCAGCCAAAGUCUUUGAGAUGUUUGAAACUCAGAUCCAUCACUUUGAAACCAGACGAGCCAAAAAGCCCAAGAACUCUGUUGAUGAUCUUGACAUUUUUGUUGAAUGUGAAGUUCACAGCGCUGAUGUUGGUACCCUUAUCACCUCCUUAAAGAGAGUAGCAGAGGAUGUGAAAACUAGCAGAGAGGACAAAGUGCCCUGGUUCCCCAGAAAAAUCCAAGAUCUGGAUAAGUGUCACCAUGUGAUCGCUAAGUAUGAUCCCAGUUUGGACAAUGGUCACCCUGGAUACGCCGACCUGGAGUAUAAGAAAAGGAGGGCAUUCUUUGCUGACGUUGCCUUUAAUUACAGAGCAGGAGACCCUUUGCCUUGCAUCGAGUACACAGCGCAGGAGACUGCAACUUGGAGAGAAGUCUACAGGAAGCUGAGCAGCCUUUACCCUACUCAUGCCUGUACACAGUACCUGGAUGCUUUCCAGCAGCUGGAGAAAUACUGUGGCUACCAAGAGGAUAACAUACCUCAACUUCAGGACGUCUCCAGAUUUUUAAAAGAGAGAACAGGUUUCCAGCUGAGACCCGCUGCAGGACUGCUGUCUGCUCGUGACUUCCUUGCCAGCCUGGCAUUUCGUGUCUUCCAAAGCACACAGUAUAUAAGGCAUUUCUCUUCUCCUAUGCAUUCCCCGGAACCAGACUGCUGCCAUGAGUUGUUGGGUCAUGUUCCCAUGCUAGCUGACAAGGAGUUUGCCCAGUUCUCACAGGAUAUUGGACUGGCUUCUCUUGGAUCAUGUGAAGCGGAGAUUGAGAAACUGGCCACACUUUAUUGGUUCACUGUGGAGUUUGGUCUCUGCAAGCAAAAUGGAUCAAUCAAAGCUUAUGGGGCAGGACUGCUUUCAUCUUAUGGGGAGCUUAUGUACGCUUUAUCAAACAAGCCAGAGUACAAGCCUUUUGAUCCAGAAGUGACUGCGGUUCACCCCUAUCAGGAUCAAGCCUUCCAGCCUGUCUAUUUCAUAGCAGAAAAUUUGGAAGAUGCCAAGGCCAAGCUUCAAAACUACGCAAUGAAGAUCAAGAAGCCUUUUUCUCUGCACUAUGACCCGUUCACCAGCAGCAUAGAGGUUAUGAACACACCUCAGAAAGUCAAGAGGGCACUCCACGAAAUGAAAGAGGAACUGAAAAACCUCUGCUUAGCCCUUGAAAACCUCUCUUAA